AUGAAAGAUAUAAUUUCUCCUUCUCAAAAUGCUUUUGUGAGGAACAGGCAAAUUCUUGACCCUGCGCUUAUUGCUAACGAAUGCCUCGAUAGUAGAGUGAAAACUGGUUUGCCAGGGAUACUUUGCAAAUUAGAUGUUGAGAAGGCUUUUGAUCAUGUCAACUGGGGUUUUCUUAUACAGUUACUAGAAUGGAGUGGAUUCUCUGCUAAAUGGAGGCAGUGGAUUUUCUUUUGUAUAUCUACUGUUCGCUUCUCUAUUUUGAUAAAUGGCACUCCUUGUGGGUUUUUUGAGAGCUCCAAGGGGUUGAGACAAGGUAACCCAUUGUCUCCUUUGUUGUUUGUCUUGGUGAUGGAAGUUCUUGGGAGAAUGUUGGAUAAGGCUAUCCAUGAUGGUCACAUGUCAGGCUUUGAUGUGGGUCAUUUAGAGGGAAGAUCUUUGGAGGUGUCCCAUUUGCUCUUUGCGGACGACACUUUAAUUUUUUGUGAUGCUGAUUUGGAUCAAGUUUUGUUUCUCCGUAUGAUUCUCAUUUGGUUUGAGGUGGUUUCUGGUCUGAAGAUAAAUUUGGGCAAGUCAGAGCUGGUUCCUAUUGGUAUGGUGCAUAAUCUUGGCUUAUUGUUGAAUGUCCUUGGUUGUAAACAAGGUACCCCUCCAAUGAAAUAUUUAGGCCUUCCUUUGGGAGAUAAAUGUAAGGAUAAGAUAAUUUGGAACCCAAUUCUGGAGAAGAUAGAACGGAGAUUAGCAGGAUGGAAACGUUUAAUUGAGAAACUUCAAAGGGAUUUUUUAUGGGGUGGCAUUGGUGAUGAACCAAAAUUCCAUUUGGUCAAAUGGGCUAUUGUUUGCACUCCCAUUGCUUCGGGUGGUUUGGGCAUAAGAAAGGGAUGGCAUACUUUCUCUCGCCACAUUUUAUAUGAUAUUGGGGAUGGGUCUAGCGUGAAAUUUUGGCGAGACCGUUGGUGUGGUGAAACUUCUCUUGCAAUCAGCUAUCCUGAAUUGUUUAGAUUCUGCCGAGAUCAAGAGGUUAGUGUGGUUGAGGUUAUGAAGUUUGAUAACGGAAUCCUGUUUUGGGAUGUAAGUUUCUUUAUGGGUGUGCAUGCUCGGGAACUAGAGGCACUGUCCAGUUUCAUGGAUACCAUAUAUGGUGCGUCAGUUAGAGGGCUUGGUGAGGAUAAAAUGUGCUGGAAAUUUGUUAGAGAGAAGGGCUUCACGGUUAGGGAUUAUUACAAUCUCUUAGUGGGCCCUAAUGACUAUUGCUUUCCUUGGAAAAGCAUUUGGAAGCAGAAGAUUCCUUCUCGAGCAACUUUAUUUGUUUGGACUGUUGCUUUAAGGAAAUGCUUAACGAUUGACAAUUUACGAAGAAGGAAGGUUUGGAUAUUAGACUGGUGCUACAUGUGCAAGUGUAAUGGGGAAUCGGUUGAUCAUCUUUUUCUUCAUUGUCUGGUUGCAAUGGAUAUGUGGGCCAUGGAAAACAACGAGCUUGUAAGGCAGUUAAGUAGUCCACCUCCUGGUUCAACAGUACUGAAUAACCAUAUAUUUGAUUCCAUGUACACUGUCCUGCUCUUCUUGGGAAUAAAUUACUGCUCAACAGUUCUACCAUAUGUUGGAACAGAGCGAACUGUUAUGCUCCCAGAAAUAUUUUCAGGGAUGACAUAA